UGUAGAGCGCGCGCAUUGAGGAAAACUAUUUGAAAAUAAAAUGGCGGAAAAGGAGGAUGUGCGAGAACGUUGUGCAGCUGUCAUCGUAAAUGAUACUCCGAUUAAGCUGGUCAACUUUGAGGGUCAGAUAUUGAAAAAAGGCUCUCCCGAAAGCCCAAGCUCAUCUCCGCCACGAAAAUCUCCCCGUAUGGAUUCUACAUUGCCUGCUACACAGACGCCAAAUCCAGUUAAUGAACAGUCAGAGGCGGAUAAACAAGAGRUGCAGGAGGAAAGCACAGAAAGACCUACCAUUUCCACACGCAGGAAAUCCUGGAGAAGAGCCACCAUAACCAGACGCUCACUCCCUGCACUUCCAAGCCCAUAUCAGGCUUUGUGCAGGGGCAUAAGUCCAACCUUGUCACAGCAAGAGAGGCUUGAGAGACUUUUGGAUGCUUCAAUGAAGCUGGCAUUGGAAAAGACUCAAAAUUCACUCCAGUCAGUCCCAGAAACUUCACUUGAAUCCUUCCAAAAACAAGUUGGGCACAUCCAGAAAAAGUGGCGUUGCCUGGCCAAAGACAUACAUGAUGAAUUACAUAAAAUCCCCUCAAGUACAUCCAGUGAGCCUGCAGUGGAAAAAGCGCUUCAUACUGUACAAAAAACUAUCAGCAGGCUCUGUACUGAAAGUCAGUCAUGGGAGGCACUACUGAGCAAACAUCGAAGUAAAGCAGAGGAAUUAGAAAGGACGUUGGAGAGAGGGCAGGAGAUGGGCAUAUCAUUAAGCUCUACAUCUAUGGCUCAGUCCUCACAGUCCCACGUCAUACAGAGUAAACCUGACUAUAAUAGUCUCCUCUGUAGGCAACGACCCAUGUUGCAUACUAUGGAAAUGAUUAUGGACACUCAGUGUAAGAUGAUAAGACAGUUGCUGUCCAUUAAGGAGGAAUCACAGUUAUUUGUGAAAGARAACAGUGGCCGAUUGGCUGAAGAGGCAGGAUUCCAGGAUCUUUCACCAGACCUCAUCAGGAACCUCAUGUCAGCACCUUUAUCAACAACAACUACAUAAACAAUUUGUUCUCUAA